GUGACAGUAGCGAUGGCUGGGAACGGGAGACAGCUGCGCUUGGUGAGACCCCGUCUCCACACUCGCUUUGCCAUGAAAAACUAGGUUUUCUACGAGAGUUUGACCUCGGGUCUAUGUGUGAAGAACUUUUGUGAAUGAAUAAGUUGGCCGGCCACUUUCAAAAGAGUUUGGGUCAUAGACUUGAUUUAGAACCUUAGUCGAUGGAUUUGCCGCCCUCAAUACAACAUCAUUUUAACUGUACUUUCUCUCUAGGCUAGAAAUCGUGAAGCAUGGGUGACUGGAGCUUUCUUGGACGGCUCUUGGAGAAUGCACAGGAACACUCGACCGUGAUCGGCAAAGUCUGGCUGACAGUACUCUUCAUUUUUAGGAUUCUGGUGUUGGGAGCGGCGGCCGAGGAGGUCUGGGGCGACGAGCAGUCGGACUUCACUUGCAACACGCAGCAACCCGGUUGCGAGAACGUCUGCUACGACGAGGCCUUCCCCAUCUCCCACAUCCGCUUCUGGGUGCUCCAAAUCAUCUUUGUGUCCACGCCGACGCUCAUCUACCUGGGCCAUGUCCUGCACAUCGUUCGAAUGGAAGAGAAGCGGAAAGAGCGCGAGGAGGAGCUGCGAAAGGCCAGUCAGCUCCAGGAUGAGAAAGAACUCCUGUAUAGAAACGGAGGGGGAGGGGAGUCUGGUGGACGGCAGACUCGGGAGAUGAACGCCACCUCCCCCUCCCCCUCCCCUUCCUCCUCCUCGUCUCGCUCCUCUGACAACGGGCGGCAAGCCAAAGAAGCCGCUCCGCACGCCAGCGCCCCCACCUCCCCUGGCGGUGGUUCGAGCGCCGGGCCAGAGGAGGGGCACGUCACCACCACGGUGGAGAUGCACGAGCCGACCAUCAUUUACACUGAUGCUCGACGACUGAGCAGGGCUAGUAAAGCCAGCAGUGCGAGAGCGAGGCCCAAUGAUUUGGCGGUGUAGUGGCUCUCCACUGCAAAGCGCAGGUUUUUGUGGACAAAAACACAAAAAAAUACACCAAAAAACAAGAGGAAGAAAGAGGCAGAUUGCUGGAACAAAAACGUUAAUUCCAUUCAUUAUUUAUUCCAUUUUGCAAUGUAAAAUUACAAAGAGUUUAGUCAUCUCUUAUGGCUUAUGAAAGAUGGCUUCUGAAUGCUGGUUAGUUUUAUGCAGUAGCUGAAUGGAGCAGUACGUCUGAUGCAGGUUAUGUUACACCAGAAUCUCAAUGGUUCAUUAAACAAAUGUCACUUAAAUUAGUCUUAUGACAAGGCCUUAAUGUAAAAAUGUCCAUUCAGUCUGUUCAAUUUAUUAAGUAUAUAUGUGACC